GGCCAAUGGGCGCGCGGGGGCUGCUGGGAGGCGCGCGCGGCGGGCUGUGACGCAGCUUCCUCCUCCCUGCGGCGGCGGUGGCGGCUCCGGCCCGGCCGCCUCCACCCUCCGUCCCUACCCUCGCCGAGCGAUUUAGCAGGGAAACCUGAUCUAUCCUGAAAAUGUUUAACAAAUCUUUUGGAACUCCAUUUGGAGGCAGUACUGGCUUUGGGACAACCUCAACAUUUGGACAAAAUGCCGGCUUUGGUACUACGAGCGGAGGAGCGUUUGGAACGUCAGCCUUUGGGUCAAACAAUAAUACUGGAGGCCUCUUUGGGAGCACACAGACCAAACCAGGAGGAUUAUUUGGUUCGACUACAUUCAAUCAGCCAGCCACCUCCUCCACAAGCACUGGCUUCGGGUUUGGAACAUCAACUGGGACAUCCAAUAGCCUGUUCGGGACUACCAGCACCGGGGGAGGCCUCUUCUCAUCCCAGAGUAAUGCCUUUGCACAGAAUAAGCCAGCUGGGUUUGGAAACUUUGGAACAAGUACCAGCAGUGGAGGCCUCUUUGGAACCACUAACACUACUUCCAAUCCUUUCGGAAGUACAUCCGGAUCUCUUUUUGGCCCAACUAGUUUUACCGCUGCCCUAACUGGCACGACCAUUAAGUUCAAUCCACCAACUGGUACGGAUACAAUGGUGAAAUCUGGUGUUAGCACUAACAUCAACACCAAGCACCAGUGCAUCACUGCUAUGAAAGAGUACGAAAGCAAAUCUCUCGAGGAACUCCGUUUAGAAGACUACCAAGCCAAUAGGAAAGGCCCCUCCAAUCCUGUAGGAGCGGGAGCAGCUGCAGGCUUGUUUGGCUCUUCUACUGCUACAUCAAGUACAGCUACAGGACUCUUUGGCUCUUCUACCACUAAUACAGGUUUUUCAUAUGGGCAGAACAAAACUGCUUUUGGAACCAGUACAACUGGCUUUGGAACAGGAACAACAGGGGGUCUUUUUGGUCAGCAGUCGCAAACUACGAGUCUGUUUAACAAACCAUUUGGUCAGGCCACAACAACGCAGAACACUGGCUUUUCAUUUGGCAAUACCAGCACUCUGGGGCAGCCAAACACCAACACAAUGGGUCUCUUUGGGGUGACCCAGCCCUCGCAGCCUGGAGGCCUUUUUGGAACAGCGACCAAUACAAAUGCUGGUACAGGGUUUGGAACUGGAACUGGGCUCUUUGGACAAGCGAACACGGGAUUUGGUGUUGGUGGCUCGACCCUGUUUGGUAACAAACCUGCUGGAUUUGGAACCACCACGACCAGUGCUCCCUCAUUUGGCACAACCACCGGUGGCGGGCUCUUUGGUUUUGGUGCCAACACUGCUGGAAAUAGUUUGUUUGGAAAUAAGCCUGCGACUGGGACUCUGGGAACUGGACUGGGAACAGGUUUUGGAACAGCUCUUGGAGCAGGACAGACAUCUUUAUUUGGAAACACCCAACCUAAACUUGGUGGGACACUAGGAACAGGCACGUUUGGAGCACCAGGAUUCAACACAUCAACAGCCACUCUGGGCUUCGGAGCCCCUCAGCCUGCUGUAGCACUGACAGACCCGAAUGCAUCAGCUGCCCAGCAGGCGGUCCUUCAGCAACAUCUGAAUAGCUUGACUUACUCACCCUUUGGAGAUUCCCCGCUCUUUAGAAACCCAAUGUCAGACCCAAAGAAAAAAGAGGAGAGGCUGAAACCAACUAACCCAGCAGCUCAGAAGGCCUUAACGACACCUACCCACUACAAACUGACUCCCCGUCCAGCGACCAGAGUGCGACCAAAAGCCCUGCAAUCAGCUGGCUCGGCUAAAUCUCACCUGUUUGAUGGUCUGGAUGAUGAUGAACCGUCCCUGUCCAAUGGUGCAUUCAUGCCAAAGAAAAGCAUCAAAAAGUUGGUUUUGAAGAACCUCAACAGCAGUAAUCUGUUCUCACCUGUCAAUCGAGAAAAUGAUGACCUGGCUUCUCCUUCGGAGUACCCAGAGAAUGGAGAUCGGUUCUUUGUGUCGGUGCCUCCUGAUGAAAACCACAGGCAAGAUGGCGAGCGAGAGGAGGAGGAGGAGGAUCAUCACGAAGUGACCAGGUUCUACACUAACCCCAUCGCCAAGCCCAUCCCCCAGACCCCAGAGAACUCUGUGCACAAACAGCAGAACAGCCUGGAUGACACAGUCGUGGCUCUGAACAUGCGGGCGGCUUUGCGGAAUGGUCUGGAAGGCAGCAGUGAAGACGCCUCAUUCCAUGAUGAUUCCCUUCAGGACGAGCGUGAAGAGGAGCCUGAAACAGUGUAUCAUCAGCAUCCUGCAGGAAUUGUUCUAACGAGAGCAGGCUAUUAUACCAUCCCAUCCAUGGAGGAGCUGGCGAGGUUGACCAAUGACCGAAAUGAAUGUAUCGUGACAGACUUCACCAUUGGCCGGAAAGGUUAUGGAUCAAUUUACUUCGAAGGAGAAGUAAAUCUAACAAACUUAAAUCUGGAUGAAAUUGUACAUAUCCGAAGAAAAGAGGUUAUUGUUUACCCUGACGAUGAAAGAAAACCACCUAUUGGUGAAGGCUUAAAUAGACGAGCUGAAGUUACCUUAGAUGGAGUCUGGCCUACAGAUAAAACAUCCCGUUGCCUGAUAAAAAGCCCUGAACGACUGGCAGAAAUGAAUUAUGAAGGUAGACUGGAAUCUGUAUCUCGGAAGCAGGGUGCUCGAUUCAAGGAAUACCGCCCGGAGACUGGAUCUUGGGUGUUUAAGGUGGCACACUUUUCCAAGUAUGGAUUACAAGAUUCAGAUGAGGAAGAGGAGGAGCAUCCUUCAAAAGUGGACACCAAGAAGCUAAAAACUACACCUGUGCUGCCCCCAGGACAUCUGCCACCCCAGCAAAUGGCUCUGAAUGGCAAGCCAGCACCUCCAUCUCAGCCCCCAGAGAUGGAGCAGCUGGGCAGGGUGGUGGAGCUGGACAGCGAUAUGGCAGACAUCACCCAAGAACCUCCCCAGGAGUCUGUGGUGGAAGAUGACAGGACAGAGGAGCCAGAGGCAGUGCCCGCUUCAACUCACAUCGCGUCGACCCUAGGUAUUAACCCCCACGUCCUACAGAUUAUGAAAGCUUCGUUGCUUGCUGAUGAAGAUGACCUGGAUCUGAUCCUGGACUGUUACCCUGGGAAGCAAGCUCUAAAAAUGAAUACUUACCAAGAGAUCUGUUCUCCGAGGCUCCCCAUUUCAAAAUCACAAGGGCAGAAAAGAUAUUCAGUUGGUGGCCUGCUGCAAUCUAAAUUUGCCAACGUCAUCUUCCAACCACCGAGUGCUGCUCCACAGGAUCUCAGUGGACCAAGGACAUUGAGCAGUCCCCUUCCCACUGCGCCUUGGUCAGUGGCUUCUCCGCUAGCAUCUGCAUUCUCAGUGCCGCCAUCAGUCCCUGAGGUACAGAUGAAAACAGUUGGUGUCCGCGGGCAGCAGGAGCUUGUACCUCUGGAAAAGUCCAUCACCUAUGGAAAAGGGAAGCUACUGAUGGAUAUGGCGCUCUUCAUGGGGCGCUCCUUCCGUGUUGGCUGGGGACCCAACUGGACCCUUGUCAAUUGUGGAGAUCAGUUGAGUGAAUCAAGUGAAAUGGAAGAUGUUCAGUGUGAGUCCGUGCAGUAUGGAUUCCUGCCAGCUCCUGUCGCUCCAAAAUCAUUGUCAGAAUCCUCUUUCAAAGUUCACGUGGAGAAGCUGAGCUUAGAGCAACGGAAGGUGGACAAACAGCUGUACCUCAUCCCUCUGGAGAUAAAGCUGAAACACAGCACUGUCCAUAUGGAUGAACACUGUCCUCUUCUAGCACCCAACCCGGGAGUGUCUGCUAUUCACGACUACGCUGAUUGGAUUAGGAAGGCAUCUGAGGACCCUGGUGUGGCAGAAACUGUUGUGAAGCACUGGUGCUUGACGUGGACUCUGUGUGAAGCGAUCUGGGGGAACCUGAAAGAGUUGGAGGCCAGCUUGGAGGAGCCCAGCGAAUACAUCCUCACCCUGGAGCGCAGGAAAGCCUUCUCUCGCUGGCUGUCAGAGACCGCUGCCAGGCGAAUUGAGGAGGAAGUCUCUCUGUCCCGACAUGGUAAUCAUGUAGAAGCUGUGUUCAGCUGCCUCACAGGGAAGAGAAUUGGUGAAGCUUGUAGGCUGGCCCAGCAGUCAGGUGACCACAGGCUCGCACUGCUCCUCUCCCAGCUGGCAGGCAGCCAGCCUGUGCGGGACCUCCUCACCAUGCAGCUGGUGGACUGGCACCGGCUGCAGGCAGACUGCUUCAUCCAGGAGGAGAGGCUGCGGAUCUUUGCCCUGCUUGCGGGAAAACCUGUGUGGCAGUUAUCGGAGAGAAUAAGCAUCAACGUGUGCUCACUGCUGGACUGGAAGCGUUGUGUUGCUGUCCACCUCUGGUACCUCCUUCCUCCAACGGCAUCGAUCUCCAAGGCACUCGCCAUGUAUGAGUCAGCAUUUCAGAACACAUCAGAGAGUGAAAAAUAUGCCUGCUGCCCCCUGCCUCCUUACCUGGAAGAUUCUGGUUUUGUAGUUGAAGACAACAACAACACAGGAAGACCUCUGAGAGAUGUCUGCUUCCAUUUGUUAAAGCUCUACAGUGACAGGCACUAUGAUCUCGACCAGCUCCUCGAUCCCAGGAGUGUGACAUCUGACCCUCUGGACUACCGUCUCAGCUGGCACCUGUGGGAAGUGCUCCGAGCCCUGAAUUACACCCAUCUCUUCAAGCAGAGCCAGGGGGUGCUGAAUGCCAGCUUUGCUGCCCAACUUGAAAGCGAAGGGCUUUGGGAAUGGGCCGUCUUUAUUCUGCUGCAUGAGCCUGAUACAUACAUACGAGAGAAAGCAGUGCGUGAACUCUUGAACCGGCAUUGUAUUCUCUCGGGGACACCAGAGUCUUGGGCCAAGGAGACUUUCCUAACCCAGCAUCUCUGCGUCCCACUGGAGUGGAUUCAUGAAGCAAAGGCAGUUCGAGCGAGGAUGGAGGGCGACAAGCAUAAAGAAGCCCUCUUCUUGUUCAAAGCUGGGCACUGGAACCAGUGUCACAAGCUGGUUGUCAGGCACUUGGCCUCAGACGCUAUUAUUAAUGAAAACUACAAGUACCUAAAAGGAUUCCUGGAAGAUCUUGCCCUUCCAGAGCGUAGUGCACUCAUCCAGGACUGGGAGACAGCAGGGCUGGUCUACCUGGAUUACAUCCGCGUUAUUGAGAUGCUUGACAGGAUUCAACAGCUGGAUUGUUCCACCUAUGAGCUGGAGCGGUUACACACCAAAGUGACAUCGUUGUGCAACAGGAUAGAGCAGAUCCAGUGCCACAGCGUAAAGGACCGUCUGGCUCAGUCAGAUAUGGCCAAGCGCAUUGCGAACCUGCUGCGAGUGGUCCUCAGCCUGCAGCAUGCCCCGGAACCUGUCUCCGACUCCAUGCCAGACCUACAGCGUGUUCCUCUCCGCCUCCUUGCUCCCCACAUCGGGCGGCUGCCAAUGCCGGAGGACUAUGCCUUGGAGGAGCUCCGCAGCCUCACCCAGUCCUACCUACAGGAGCUGACGGUGGUGACUCAUUGAGAAACAAUCCCUUCCAUGGAUGGACAGCUUUCACAGUUUGUAAACCCUUACCUUUGUUCUGAGGGUGAGCAACCUCUCCAGCCAUGCAGGUUUUUCCAUAGAGGUGUAAAGCAGCGAUAGUACCUGGGCCAACGCAGGAGCUCUUGUAACCUGGGGGAGCGUUGAGACUGAUUGGACCUUGCUGGCUGGCACCCUCAACAUCACAACGUUUUCCUAGCAUCAAUAAAGAGCCUCUUGCCAAACCUGUCUGCAGGUGAGGUUGUACAUGUGUAGGGGAGCACGGUGUGGGCUUCAUCUCCUGGCAAAUCCUUUCCACCCUUUUCUGUGCAACGCAGAGAAUGGUGAAGCAAUUUCUGGGACAGUUUUCCAUGAGCAGACUCCUGCUUUGGUGGGAACCGAGGAACCUUUGGCACCUGAACUGACUGUGGACACGCUUCAGCUGGGGCUUUAUGUGAAAAGCUUGCUCUGUGGAUGGAGUAGGGAGAAGAAACUUGAGGUUCAGAAGUGUCUUUUUCCUGUACUCUCUUGCUAAUUUGGAGACCUGUGAACGUGUUGUUUCAUUUCUCCACCCUCCAUCUCCACAGGCAAAGCAAGCUGCUUCCCUGGCUUAGGAGGUGAUGCUUCUGCGUGUGCCUUGUGGCAAGCUCUGCUGCGCAGGCCUCUGAGGGUGAACGCCUCCUAGGUCCCACACAGUAAAAUAUAGGCACUUGUCCUGGCAGUCGCUGUGCUCCAGGACUCCAGGCUUCUGAUAGGAGAUGGCAAAUUCUGCCCCAAAAUCCAGACUGCUAAGAGGUUGAGUGGAGCAGCCAGGCUGCCCAGGUGCUUGGUACUGCCUCUUUGCCACCAUGUGCCAGAUGAAUCCCUGCAGAGUCAGGUGAGCGCACAGUUGCGCAUGUAAGUGCCUGGCUGCCCAGGAACCCCUCAGCCAGCGCCUUGUGUUUGCUGUGUGGCUGGGCUGCGUUGACCAUCCAGGGUGCAAAUAUCCCACAUGCAAACAACUGACCGUAUCAACGUGCUCUGGUGUGUUCAGUCCUUGCUCUGUGUUCAGAAACCGGCUAUUUUUGGAAGAAGAAAAAAGCUGUCUAUUGGUCUGCUCUGACUUCAGGGCUGCUGCAGCAGCGGCUUCAGCGGCCACAGCUCCCAGCCUGCCUGGUGCCACUUUGCGUUGGCUCAUUGAAGGUCUUUAUGCAUGAGGAUUAUGUAAAGGUUUUUAUUAAAAAAGUUAUAAAUAAAUGAUCUAGAUUAUUUUCCUGUCUUUUUGAAAAUGAGAAAUAAAAUGUUUAUAGUA